GAUAUCUAUGGUGGAAGCUCCGACUGUGCAGGAUGUGAUGUAAUUCAAGCGCCAGUUGUUCAGUUCUUCUUCGUGGUCGUGGUGGCGGGAAUCAACAGACACUUCCCAUCUGUGAGGAGCAAAGAUUAGACUGGUGUUGAAGCAUGGAUGUUGAAAUGAAAGAAACUGAAGAACAGCCUCAAGCAGACACACAUUCAAAGAAGGAGGAGGCUCCAGGAAAGGGGUCAAGCACUGCAUAUGAGCUACCAUGGGUGGAAAAAUACAGACCCUUGAAGUUGAAUGAAAUAGUCGGGAAUGAAGACACUGUCAGCAGAUUGGAGGUUUUUGCAAGAGAAGGAAAUGUACCCAACAUCAUCAUAGCAGGUCCCCCUGGAACUGGAAAGACCACCAGCAUUCUGUGUUUAGCGCGAGCUCUUCUUGGUCCGGCAAUGAAAGACGCAGUUCUGGAACUCAAUGCCUCAAAUGACCGAGGAAUUGAUGUUGUCAGAAACAAGAUCAAAAUGUUUGCCCAGCAGAAAGUGACUCUCCCAAAAGGACGACACAAGAUUAUAAUCCUGGAUGAAGCUGACAGUAUGACGGAUGGAGCCCAGCAGGCCCUGAGGCGGACAAUGGAAAUCUACUCCAAGACCACACGCUUCGCUCUGGCCUGCAACGCCUCCGAUAAGAUCAUAGAGCCCAUCCAGUCACGCUGCGCGGUCCUGCGCUACACCAAGCUGAGGGACGAGCAGAUCAUGAUGAGGCUGAUGGAGGUGGUGGAGAAGGAGGCCGUGCCCACCACCAACGACGGCCUGGAGGCCAUCAUCUUCACCGCUCAGGGAGACAUGCGACAGGCUCUGAACAACUUGCAGUCUACAAAUUCUGGAUUUGGAUAUGUCAACAGUGAGAAUGUGUUCAAGGUUUGUGAUGAGCCCCAUCCUCUGCUGGUGAAAAGCAUGUUGGAACACUGUGUCAAUGCCGACAUUGACGAGGCCUACAAGGUUAUCGAGCAGCUGUGGUUGCUAGGUUACUCCCCAGAAGACAUCAUCGGGAACAUCUUCAGAGUUUGCAAGACCUUCCAAAUGCCAGAGUACCUGAAACUAGAGUUUAUCAAGGAGAUCGGCUACACGCAUAUGAAGGUGGCGGAGGGGGUGAACUCGCUGCUGCAGAUGGCUGGACUCCUGGGCCGGCUCUGUGCCAAGACGGCAGCUCCUGAGGCUAGCUAAGCCCCAUCUCUAUCGGGACCUACCAUUGGUUCCUCAUCCGGUCCCUUCCCUUCUGGCUCCUCCCAUCAUUGCACCACACAUUUCUUUGGGACUGUGUGAGUGUGUCCAGUCAACCUGAGAACAGCACCACCUAGGGGCCACUGCUGACUCACUUUUGUGACUGUAGUUGUCACCUUGACAACUACAGUCACAAAAAUGAGAGUCAGCAGCAUGCAAAAAAAUCUUUUGCAAACAAGGGUCCGUUAUGUAGCGCAGUGGUCCCAUAACUCUCUUUGGGUACCCCUAGCUAGAUCCAGGUAUUUGAGGUGUUCCACCUCAAGCACAGCUGAUGCAACUAACAAAGUCCUUGAUUUGUUGUAUGAGGUGUGUUCGAGGUGGAACACAUCGAAUACCUGGAUCUGGCUGGGGGUACCGGAGGAGAGAUUUGGGGAAACGCUGCUGUAGAGUAUUUGGUGAGGACAGAGGGGUGUAAAUACUGUGGUCUACAGUUUGUAUCAGUGUCGUUUUCAUGAUAAAACUUACAAUUCUUACAUGUUAAUAAAAGCUUUCAUAGGAAAAAAAAAGAAA